CCAACACAUCCAGAAACAGUAUUAAAAGACACUUGUGGUGCAUUAGUAAGUCUUUUUAACUGGACGUGUAACCGGCGACAUCAUGGUCACAACAAAGAUUGGAAUUAUUGUGAUUUUGUGUUCUGUGAUAUAUGUCUCAUCCGUCGAAGGAAGGAAGAGUAAGAGCCGUCGUCGUUCUAUGAUUGGAAUGCUGGAAAACACAGCACCUACCAGCAAGUACAAGAUCCCGAUAUCCACCAUAUUAGGAGGACAGCGACUGUCGGUACCGGAAGAUGAGGGAAAGACAAAAGAAAUGGGAGGAAGGAUUGUAACAGGGUCCAUCUCUAAGAACCAAUACAAGUUGAAGUCCCCCGUCUCCCUGAUGGGCCGGAGAUUAUCAACCAAAAAAGGUGGCUUUGUCAGGAAGUUGAGUGGUGGAUGUGGGCGGGGUACCUGUAUACGGACGAUGGAAAGUUUGAUUAGGGCGUACAGGCGAGGUUCUAAGGUACUCUUGUGUAGGAAACUAAAUCGUCAUAUGGAUUGUCUGAAUUACAAACUACAGAAGUGUCCAAUGACAUACUGGCGCGCCGUACGGAUGCUGAGGAGAACGUUUGGGGAGUACCUAUGGCGGUGUGACAUUGACAUUCCCAUCCGACUGGAUAUUGCUCUACAGAAACAAAUCCCCAAGUUUGAAGAUGAUGUCAUCCCCGCCAACACUCUUCCCGAUAACUACCCCGAGGAACUGGCCAACUACUUUGAUAAGGACGACGAUGACGAUGACGACGAUGAUGACGACGAUGAUGACGAUGAUUAUUAUGAAGAUGAUGAUGAUAUUAAGGAAUUUAAAGAGAACAUGAGGAAACUCGUUAGAGCCGAUGACAAGGAUCUAGACAUCUCUGAUGAUUUUGGAUUUGACGACGAUGAUUACGAGCUGGAUGAUAUAUUAGAGGAUACGAAAGAAAUGAUUGAUGAUAAAAAUGACAGAAUUGACGAAAAAGAUGAUAUUUAUGAUGAUAUCGAUGAUUAUGAGAUCGAUGACAUGUUAGAGGAUGCAAAAGAAAUGAUUGAUGAUAAAAAUGACAGAAUUGACGAAAAAGAUGAUAUUUAUGAUGAUAUCGAUGAUUAUGAGAUCGAUGACAUGUUAGAGAAUGUAAAAGAAAUUAUUGAGGAUAAAAAUGACAUAACUGACGAUAAAGAUGAUAUUUAUGAUGAAAUCGAUGAGUAUGAUAAUGAUGACAAACGCGAUGAUAUAGACGAUGAAAAUGACGAAUUAGUAGAGCAUAUCGAGGACAUUAUAGAAGAUAUAACGGACAAUGAUAACGACGACAACGAUGAUAUCGACGAUGACUCUGAACGUGAAGAUAUUGACAAUGAUAAAGAUGAUGUCGACGAUGACGAUUAUGAGAAUGACAAUGAUAACGAGAUAACAGACCAUAUCGAAGACCUUAUAGAAAAUAUAACUGAGAAAAAUGAGGAUGAUAAUGAUCGUGAUGAUGCCGAUGACCGUUACGAAUACGAUGAUCUCGAUGAUAAGGAUAAUGACAACGAUGAUUUUAUGGAUGAUGACGAUGAUAGAUAUGAUGAUGAUAAAUAUGACGAUGAUAGAUAUGACGAUAGACGUAAUGCUGAUCGUAUUAAAGACGACGAUGAUUAUCGUGAUGAGUACGAUGAUCUCGAUGAUCGGUAUGAAAAUGAUAAUGACGAUAAUGAUUUCGAUGAUAGGUAUGAAAAUGACGACGAUGAUGAUGAUGAUGAUGAUGAUGAUGACGAAGAUGAUUACGAUGACCGUUACGAAAAUGAUGAUCAUGAUGAGUAUGCUUUGGACGAUAAUUUUGCCUUUUCCGAAAUGGAUGAUGAUAAAAAACACAUUUCUGAAAAUGAUGAAGAGGAAGAUGACGUCGUCGUUAUGCCUAUGCAACUGUAUAAUCGAUUGGCAAGAAAAGCUUUUGUUUCACGUAGAACUCGACACAUGAGCAAACUAUUAACAGACAUGAAGAGGAAAGGCCUUCUCAAAGGAAAACGGCCAUAUUUCGAUAUGAAAAUCCCCAUCUACAGACGGAUAGGAACAAAGAAAAUCGACAGAAGUAAGAAGAUUGACUUGGCGAAGUGGGGUGUGAGGUUGAUGUAGGCACCAAAGGGCACAAAUAUACAGCGGAUUGAAAGGAUAAUUCAAUUAGUGUCUGGAAAUAUAUUAAGUGGUAUUGUUAUUGAAAAUGUUUUGUUUGCUAUAAAGAAACUGUGAAUACCUUAGUGAACUCUCAACUGUACUUAAUGUACCCUUGUACGUUGACAUAAGCAAUUAUUUUGUGUUGACGGAACAACUUGUUUUUUAUGUAUUUAGCGGUAGUGUGCACUGUCACUGUUUCGUUUUUAUUGUGAGUAUGUUUUUCAUCUAUAAGAAAAAAAUGAAAAAAAGUUUACAUGGAUUUCGUUAAUCAACACAAGCGAUAUGUCAAAAUACAUGUUCUCGUAACAAAUGAUUUUUCGCAAUUACAAUAACAGAUUUCCGGCUCUUUGUAAUCUAAAUUAGACAUAGUUUAUUUAUUAUUCUGACAUUAUAAAUACAAUGAUUAUAACAAGA